ACUCCACUGUUGUCGUGGCGCUUUAGGGGAAGAAGUUGUUUCGCCGGGCCCUCGUCCUGAAGUUGUGGUGCGCGUGACCCCUGGCUCCCUCCUACCUACCACUCUCCCGCUUUUCCCUCCCUCUUCUUGCAGGAUGAGGCGUGCAGGCCUGGGUGAAGGAGCACCGCCUGGCAACUAUGGCUAUGCUAAUAGUGGGUACAGUGCCUGUGAAGAAGAAAAUGACAGACUCACUGAAAGUCUGAGACACAAAGUAAAUGCUAUAAAAUCUCUUUCCAUUGAAAUAGGCCAUGAAGUUAAAAGUCAAAAUAAAUUCUUAGCUGAAAUGGAUUCACAGUUUGAUUCCACAACUGGAUUUCUAGGUAAAACUAUGGACAAACUGAAGGUUUUAUCCAGAGGGAGCCAAACAAAGCUGCUGUGCUAUAUGAUGCUGUUUUCACUGUUUGUCUUUUUUGUCAUUUAUUGGAUUAUUAAACAGAGGUGAUGCAAACGUGUGAGUUUGGGAUUUGUUCCAACUUCAGUGGCUUGGAGUACUACUUUGGUAAAAAAACAUCAUCAAAACAUUCCUAAUUUUGAGAUACUAUGGCUUUUUCCACUGAAGAUGACUAAAUUUUACUUGUUUUAUAAAUCACAUUAGAUAAUACAGUGCUCUUUGAAUAUUGUUUGUUAAUGACUCAUUUUUGCUCCUAUUUUCAGGGGUAUUGAAAUGGCCAAAAGUCAGUCUGGCCCUAACAUUUGUUUUUCUUUUGUUUACUGUCAGAUUAAAUAGCAGUACAGCAUUCUGUUGCUGCCAUACACGUGGGUUUAUUUUCCAUGUAGAGAAACUCAGUGGGAGAAUAAUAGAAGGCCUGAGAGCCUGCUGCUGAGCCCUUGAGGUGGUGGACGAGUUUGUGGUGGAACGAUAAAUGUAUACUCCUGAACUGACAUCCACCCUGAUGAUAUACCCCCCUUUCCUUUGUUAUUGGGUUAAAUUGUAAGCGGGUUCCUUUUUACCUAUAAUCUUUUCUAAUAAUUUUUGUUGGUGUGACUCCUCUUCCCCCAAAAACCUCGUUCUUUAAUGAAGCUUGUUAUUUUGUCAUAUGUCUGGUGCCGUGUCAAACAAAUGUUUAAUGCUAUAGUUGUUAUGUUAACUUUAUGCAUACCACUGACUUGGCUUAAAAGUUUUAUGGUUUUAGCUACUUAGGCCGUUUGGCUAUCAUUUGUGAGAGAAUAAUGUGAAGCCAACGCAAUUGCCAAGCUCCGAGUGAACAUAACACGUUCAGGAAUAACUAAUUGCCUCUGCUUUAUUAUGUGCUCAAAACGGACAAUGGAAAGUGCUCGGCAUUGAGUUUGGGGCUAAGAGUAUUGUUGCUUUAAUCCAAUAUACUUGUUUACAGAAAGCAAGACAAAGGUGGAAUGUUGAGUAGAAAGAAAUAGUAAAAUGUCCUUAAAUACUCUGUAUUGAUACUAUUUUGGAAUUUACUCAUUUAUGAGCUCCAAAAAUAAAUUUUUAAUGAAAUGAAA